AUUUUAUUUGGCAAGCAUGCACAAGGAGCAAGGUCCGUCGCCACAAAAUGAUUUGAACAAUACGCCGGAACAUCUGCGACCUGGUUUCAAUGAACAGCAGCCAGUGCGACAAUACGAUCCUCGUGAUUUUGGACUGACAGGCAACGAGGAGUGGCGCCAUCCGGGCUUCUUUCGCAACCUAAGAUAUGAGACUGACGAUGAGCCCCGUCAGCAGCAACAGCACCAGCGACAAGCGAGGUAUUAUCCAUUUCAGUCCCUUAAUCUGAACAAUCUGCCGGAGGAACAACUGGCGGAUAUGUCGGCACCAGCAUACAAUGUAUCCAUUCCCUCACACCUAUCCAGAUCUGAUAACGAGUAUCUGGCCAAUAUAUCGCCACCAGACAUGGCCCAUACGGAAAAUGAAGCUGGCAAAUAUCCGGAUAGCGUCUACCAACAGACUGUGCAUAGUUUGAAGCACCAGCGUGGAGAUACUCUACUAGAUCCAUUGAACAACAAUGUGCAUACAACGCAUCACAAGAUAACCACCUAUCGUGAUCCGAGCGGAAAUAUUACCAGUCAGGUGGAGGAGACCAGCACAGUGUCAAAUGCACCCUGUGACCAAUUGCCCACAUUGGAUUGUACGCCUGCUGGCGUACGCACAUCGGUGGUGGGUGCACCCAUUCGUCAUUUGCACUUUUCGAUGCCGGUACAGUUGGACGAUAUAUCGAUGCCAUCCUUCCAAGACACAUCGAUGCCUGCGAUGAGUACGCGCAUUGCUGCGGCUCAGAACAUGACAAGUGAAUGCCUGGCGGACCAAAGUGCUCCUUCUUUUAUUAUGGACUCAUCGGACCGCCGAUUGCUAGCGCGACCAAAUAAUGUUAGCAAUUUCAUAGCGCAAUCUAUCGGCAACAACACGUGCCUGGAAGAUGUCAGUAUGCCAUCGUUUCCCCAUAGCACACUUACCAGUCACUAUAGUGAAAACCUGGAAAACGAAUAUAACGAGUGCUUGGACAAUCUGACAAUGCCAUCGUUUGCAGGUGUCUCGGGAGCAGGAAGGGGAGCUUCGCCCGGAAAAGCCAACUGUGUGAACAGUGAAUGCCAGAAUAAUCCCACAGUAUAUCAACACGAGCGUAACACAGCAGCUCUGCAGGACAUCAGCAUGCCUUCAUUCGCAGAUGUAUCAGAGGCUUCCAGCGGAAGAGCUGCGACACGUCAACAGCAAACAAUGCCAUCCCAGAAUAUCAGUGAUAUUUCCGCUCCAUCAUUCGGAAGUACCGGACUUGGUCCAAUGACUACUUCUGGUCAAGAACCCUCUAAUAAUGAGUUCAUAGGGAACGUCAGUAUGCCUUACUUCGGGGGAGUCUCGGGAGCUUCCAGAGAAAGAACUCCAACACGUCCACAGCAAACAAUGCCAUCCAAGAAUAUCAGUGAUAUUUCUGCUCCAUCAUUCGGAAGUACUGAACUUGGUCCAAUGACUAGCUCCGGUCAAGGACCUACUCACAAUCAGUUCAUAGACGACUUCAGUAUGCCUUCCUUCGGAGGAGUCUCGGGAGCUUCCAGAGGAAGAACUCCUAUACGUCAACAGCAGACAAUGCCAUCCCAGAAUAUCUGUGACAUAAGUGCUCCAUCAUUCGGAAGUACCGGAGUUGGUCCAAUGACUACCUCUGGUCGAGGACCCUCUAAUAAUGAGUUCAUAGAGGACGUCAGUAUGCCUUCGUUUGGGGCAGUCUCCGGAGCUUCCAGAGCAAGAACUCCAACACGUCAACAGCAGACAAUGCCAUCCCAGAAUAUCUGUGACAUAAGUGCUCCAUCAUUCGGAAGUACCGGACUUGGUCCAAUGACUACUUCUGGUCAAGAACCCUCUAAUAAUGAGUUCAUAGAGGACGUCAGUAUGCCUUCCUUCGGGGGAGUCUCGGGAGCUUCCAGAGGAAGAACUCCAACACGUCAACAGCAACCAAUAUCAUCCCAAAAUAUCUGUGACAUAAGUGCUCCAUCAUUCGGAAGUACCGGAGUUGGUCCAAUGACUACCUCUGGUCGAGGACCCUCUAAUAAUGAGUUCAUAGAGGACGUCAGUAUGCCUUCCUUCGGGGGAGUCUCCGGAGCUUCCAGAGGAAGAACUCCAACACGUCAACAGCAGACAAUGCCAUCCCAGAAUAUCUGUGACAUAAGUGCUCCAUCAUUCGGAAGUACCGGACUUGGUCCAAUGGCUACUUCUGGUCGAGGACCCUCUAAUAAUGAGUUCAUAGAGGACGUCAGUAUGCCUUCCUUCGGGGGAGUCUCCGGAGCUUCCAGAGGAAGAACUCCAACACGUCAACAGCAGACAAUGCCAUCCCAGAAUAUCUGUGACAUAAGUGCGCCAUCAUUCGGAAGUACUGGACUUGGCCCCAUGACUAGCUCUGGUCAAGGACCUACUCACAAUCAGCUCAUAGACGACUUCAGUAUGCCUUCCUUCGGGGGAGUCUCGGGAGCUUCCAGAGGAAGAACUGCGACACGUCAACAGCAGACAAUGCCAUCCCAGAAUAUCUGUGACAUAAGUGCGCCAUCAUUCGGAAGUACUGGACUUGGCCCAAUGACUAGCUCUGGUCAAGGACCUACUCACAAUCAGCUCAUAGACGACUUCAGUAUGCCUUCCUUCGGUGGAGUCUCGGGAGCUUCCAGUGGAAGAACUCCUAUACGUCAACAGCAAACAAUGCCAUCCCAGAAUAUCAGUGAUAUUUCCGCUCCAUCAUUUGGAAGUACCGGACUUGGUCCAAUGACUACUUCUGGUCAAGAACCCUCUAAUAAUGAGUUCAUAGAGGACGUCAGUAUGCCUUCCUUCGGGGGAGUCUCGGGAGCUUCCAGAGGAAGAACUCCAACACGUCAACAGCAACCAAUAUCAUCCCAAAAUAUCUGUGACAUAAGUGCUCCAUCAUUCGGAAGUACCGGAGUUGGUCCAAUGACUACCUCUGGUCGAGGACCCUCUAAUAAUGAGUUCAUAGAGGACGUCAGUAUGCCUUCCUUCGGGGGAGUCUCCGGAGCUUCCAGAGGAAGAACUCCAACACGUCAACAGCAGACAAUGCCAUCCCAGAAUAUCUGUGACAUAAGUGCUCCAUCAUUCGGAAGUACCGGACUUGGUCCAAUGACUACCUCUGGUCGAGGACCCUCUAAUAAUGAGUUCAUAGAGGACGUCAGUAUGCCUUCCUUGGGGGGAGUCUCCGGAGCUUCCAGAGGAAGAACUCCAACACGUCAACAGCAGACAAUGCCAUCCCAGAAUAUCUGUGACAUAAGUGCGCCAUCAUUCGGAAGUACUGGACUUGGCCCAAUGACUAGCUCUGGUCAAGGACCUACUCACAAUCAGCUCAUAGACGACUUCAGUAUGCCUUCCUUCGGGGGAGUCUCGGGAGCUUCCAGAGGAAGAACUGCGACACGUCAACAGCAGACAAUGCCAUCCCAGAAUAUCAGUGAUAUUUCCGCUCCAUCAUUUGGAAGUACCGGACUUGGUCCAAUGACUACUUCUGGUCAAGAACCCUCUAAUAAUGAGUUUAUAGGGAACGUCAGUAUGCCUUCCUUCGGGGGAGUUUCGGGAGCUUCCAGAGCAACAACUUCGACACGUCAACAGCAAACAAUGCCAUCCCAGAAUAUCAGUGAUAUUUCCGCUCCAUCAUUCGGAAGUACCGGACUUGGUCCAAUGACUACUUCUGGUCAAGAACCCUCUAAUAAUGAGUUCAUAGGGAACGUUAGUAUGCCGUCCUUCGGGGGAGUCUCGGGAGCUUUCAGAGGAAGAACUCCAACACGUCAACAGCAACCAAUGCCAUCCCAGAAUAUCUGUGACAUAAGUGCUCCAUCAUUCGGAAGUACCGGAGUUGGUCCAAUGACUACCUCUGGUCGAGGACCCACUAAUAAUGAGUUCAUAGAGGACGUCAGUAUGCCUUACUUCGGGGGACUCUCAGGAGCUUCCAGAGGAAGAACACGUCAACAGCAAACAAUGCCAUCUCAGAAUAUCAAUGAUAUAUCCGCUCCAUCAUUCGGAAGUACCGGACUUGGUCCAAUGACUACUUCUGGUCAAGGACCCUCUAAUAAUGAGUUCAUAGGGGACGUUAGUAUGCCAUCCUUCGAGGGAGUCUCGGGAGCUUCCAGAGGAAGAACUCCAACACGUCAACAGCAACCAAUGCCAUCCCAGAAUAUCUGUGACAUAAGUGCUCCAUCAUUUGGAAGUACCGGACUUGGUCCAAUGACUACUUCUGGUCAAGAACCCUCUAAUAAUGAGUUUAUAGGGAACGUCAGUAUGCCUUCCUUCGGGGGAGUUUCGGGAGCUUCCAGAGCAACAACUUCGACACGUCAACAGCAAACAAUGCCAUCCCAUAAUAUCUGUGACAUAAGUGCGCCAUCAUUUGGAAGUACCGGACUUGGUCCAAUGACUACUUCUGGUCAAGAACCCUCUAAUAAUGAGUUCAUAGAGGACGUCAGUAUGCCUUCCUUCGGGGGAGUCUCGGGAGCUUCCAGUGGAAGAAUUCCAACACGUCAACAGCAGACAAUGCCAUCCCAGAAUAUCUGUGACAUAAGUGCUCCAUCAUUCGGAAGUACCGGAGUUGGUCCAAUGACUACCUCUGGUCGAGGACCCUCUAAUAAUGAGUUCAUAGAGGACGUCAGUAUGCCUUACUUCGGGGGAGUCUCAGGAGCUUCCAGAGGAAGAACUCCAACACGUCAACAGCAACCAAUGCCAUCCCAGAAUAUCUGUGACAUAAGUGCUCCAUCAUUUGGAAGUACCGGACUUGGUCCAAUGACUACUUCUGGUCAAGAACCCUCUAAUAAUGAGUUUAUAGGGAACGUCAGUAUGCCUUCCUUCGGGGGAGUUUCGGGAGCUUCCAGAGCAACAACUUCGACACGUCAACAGCAAACAAUGCCAUCCCAUAAUAUCUGUGACAUAAGUGCGCCAUCAUUUGGAAGUACCGGACUUGGUCCAAUGACUACUUCUGGUCAAGAACCCUCUAAUAAUGAGUUCAUAGAGGACGUCAGUAUGCCUUCCUUCGGGGGAGUCUCGGGAGCUUCCAGUGGAAGAAUUCCAACACGUCAACAGCAGACAAUGCCAUCCCAGAAUAUCUGUGACAUAAGUGCUCCAUCAUUCGGAAGUACCGGAGUUGGUCCAAUGACUACCUCUGGUCGAGGACCCUCUAAUAAUGAGUUCAUAGAGGACGUCAGUAUGCCUUCGUUUGGGGCAGUCUCCGGAGCUUCCAGAGGAAGAACUCCAACACGUCAACAGCAACCAAUGCCAUCCCAGAAUAUCUGUGACAUAAGUGCUCCAUCAUUUGGAAGUACCGGACUUGGUCCAAUGACUACUUCUGGUCAAGAACCCUCUAAUAAUGAGUUUAUAGGGAACGUCAGUAUGCCUUCCUUCGGGGGAGUUUCGGGAGCUUCCAGAGCAACAACUUCGACACGUCAACAGCAAACAAUGCCAUCCCAUAAUAUCUGUGACAUAAGUGCGCCAUCAUUUGGAAGUACCGGACUUGGUCCAAUGACUACUUCUGGUCAAGAACCCUCUAAUAAUGAGUUCAUAGAGGACGUCAGUAUGCCUUCCUUCGGGGGAGUCUCGGGAGCUUCCAGUGGAAGAAUUCCAACACGUCAACAGCAGACAAUGCCAUCCCAGAAUAUCUGUGACAUAAGUGCUCCAUCAUUCGAAAGUACCGGACUUGGUCCAAUGAAUACCUCUGGUAGAGGACCCUCUAAUAAUGAGUUCAUAGGGGACGUCAGUAUGCCUUACUUCGGGGGAGUCUCAGGAGCUUCCAGAGGAAGAACUCCUACACGUCAACAGCAAACAAUGCCAUCCCAUAAUAUCUGUGAUAUUUCCGCUCCAUCAUUCGGAAGUACUGGAUUUGGUCCAAUGACUACGUCUGGUCAAGAACCCUCUAAUAAUGAGUUCAUAGGGGACGUUAAUAUGACUUUCUUCGGGGGAGUUUCGGGAGCUUCUGCUCCAGAGUUUAUGGAGGACGUCAGCUUGUCUUCCUUUGGGGGAGUAUCAGUGGCUUCAAGAGCAAGAAAUCAGUCGCAUCAAAAGCGAUCUCUUCACUCCCAGACUGUGCGUGACAUAUUGGCUCAGUCUUUCCAAAAUAGCAGGUGUGGGUGCACUAAGAGGGAUCGCUUAGAAAACAUGCUUUCAUUUGGGAGCUCAGGUAAAGGACUCUCUAAUAAUAAUAAUAAGCGUUUAGAGGACGUCAGUAUGCCGUCUUUCGAGGGAGUCUCGGGAGCUUCCAGAGGAAGAACUGCGACACGUCAACAGCAAACAAUGCCGUCCCAUAAUAUCAGUGAUAAUUCCGCUCCAUCAUUCGGAAGUAACGGACUUGGUGCAAUGACUAGCUCUGGUCAAGGACCCUCUAAUAAUGAGUUCAUAGGGAACGUCAAUAUGCCGUCCUUCGGGGGAGUAUCGGGGGCUUCCAGAGGAAGAUAUCCGACUCGUCAACAGCACAAUAAUAUCUGUGACUCAGGUGCUCCACCAUUCGGAAAAAGUCGACGUAGUCCAGUGUCUCGUGUAUCUAGUUCACCGAAGAAACAUCCUGUGCGAAGCUUGUCGCAAGAAGCAAAACCCCGACGUCAACAAUGUUCGUCUGCAGAUUUGUCAAACUCUGGCAGAGGUCAAUUAUCAAAUGAGUGUUUAGAGAAUGUAACAAUGCCUUCGCUUGCUGGCGCUUCGGGUGCCACUUCUAGUCGAUGGAACAUAACUGGCAAUCAACGACGACCACGCUUCGAGUCGACUAACCGCAGCGAGCGUCUUGAUAAUGUGACUCCUCCCAGCUGUGGCAUGAGCAGUCGCGUCCCUGGAAAUCGAAGUCAGUUGCCGAAUGUUACCAGCGAAUACUUAACAGAUAUAUCCAUGGACUCAAUGCAGUCAGGAAUAUCGCCUCGACGCGUCCAGAGUUUCCCGGCCAUACCCAGUCAACAACAGAUUGGUGACAUAACAGCGCCAUCAAUGUAUGACUCCAACCCCAUUUCUAGAACUGGUCAGCGUUGCCCUGCCAAUGUAUCCUAUCCCAGCGAGAUGCUAGGAAAUCAAAGCGCUCCUUCUUAUUGUGACACCACGAAUCUGUCCAACCAGUCCGGAAUUAAAGAUCCGAUAUUCAAGAAUUUGAGUUCGACAAAUGAGAACAGCGAUAAUAUAACAAAACCAUCGUUGCUCUUUAAUGGAUCCGCGUUGGCAGAUAAUGAUAAAAUGUCCACAAAGGUGGCUCCGAAGUCGAGUUGCCCAAAAUCAAACAAAGUGAAGCACACCAGUGACAACAAAAUAUCAAACUUAGAGCAAUCAGGGGCAAGGUGUCGCGAGAUCAAGAAACAAUCCGAUCAACUAAGCAAUAAAACUGAUCGAUCUCUGCAGAAUAAAACCCAAGGCCCAGUACCCGUCAAGGUUGAGGUCAAGCAUGUGACACUUAGGACAUCGCUGACCUCAGUGAAGCGCUCCUGUACGGUUAAUAAUGUGAAUGCGGAAGACACCGAAAAUAGUUGCCGGUAUCGAGAUCAGAAUGUCUGCCAGCCAAAUAUUGAGGAUAUUUCGAUGCCGGCAUAUGAGAGUAUGGGCAUCAGUCCGAGUCCGGGGCAAUCAACAAAGUUCCUCACGGAUAUCAGUGAGCCGAGCUAUGGUCCCUCCUAUCAGUCCACACAGCAGCCAUUUCACAGUGAACCCAAUCGACCAAAUGAGACCUUUCACGGCUUUGACUCCAUGGAUAAUUAUGCGCCAUUCGAUGAGCUAGUCAAUUCGACGCCGCAAACGCAAAUAUCAAAUCAAGAAUCGGUUCAUUCCUAUGCAACACCAGAAGCAGUGCGCCGCAACAAUGCCGCAGUCGAUAAAACAUCCAAUGCAAUCCAAACAUCACAUCAGCAAACGCAAUGCUCUUGCAAAAGAAGGAUGCACGGACGAUCAAUAAUCCAAUAAUCGUGAUGGCAAUCAAUUUCCGCUAGAAAGCGUUUUACUCUCAUUGAUCAGCAUUUAUAAUUUCAAAUUUAAUCGAAAAUUAGGUUACAUAAUAAAUUCAAAGUAAAUUGAAA